AUGGGGGGUGCCGCAUGCGCCGCUGAGAGCCUCGAGCAAACGCCGUUGGCGCCUCUCUUUUGUUGGGUUGCCGUCCUGGGCGCAUGUGCCUGUUCCGUUUUGUUCGGGCUGCACGCACUGACCGAGCAGUCUGAGGCUACGGCUGCGCUGGCGUCUUCCUCGCUUGUGAGCCGAACGAAGCAGCAGGAAAGGGGGCUGCCGCUCUUAUUCCGCAGGGCUUUUUUGACGCUUUUUUUAAAAUGUUACGCCCCACUCCUGCAGCGUUGCGCUGAGGGAGGUGGGGGGCGUUGGGGAGUUUGUGGGGGCUGUGAUGGGAGGUCCUGCCCGGCAUGCGCACUGCGUGUUGCCGCUGGCGGGGUUUGA